UCGCAGCACACCCCGCCAACCUUCGUGAAACUGAAUGAAUUAUAUAUUUUAAAACUUGUCUUUCUUUUAGGCCCACCUCGUCCGCUACCAGAACUCAACAACCCUCCACAGAUUGUUCCGGCUGGUUCAAAUGUCAGAUUAUCGUGUCCAGUCCAAGAUGACCAUAGCACCUUGUUUUUUGAGUGGUAUAAGGACGGCCAACAGCUCACGACCCUUGCUAGUGACCACUUUCGGGUUACGAACCGUGGUACCCUUAAAAUCACUGGAACAGUUGGAGAGGAUACUGGUCUGUACAUCUGCGAAGCAGUAAACGGUUUUGGUAAAGUUUCAAUUAACGUGUCUCUUAUUGUUCUAGAUGGUCUGAAAGAAGAUCAGGAUUAUUCGCUUGAGUCGCCAUCUAUCGGCAAUCACUAUCCUAAUUACGAAGUUCCAGGUAAACCAAAACUGAUUCAGAUCAGUACUUUUCCAAACGGAAAGAUCCACCGAAAAGCAGGGAGCUCCGUUUACUUAAAGUGCGUUGGAACAGGAAAUCCGCAAGUUUCUUGGCUUAAAGAUGGGCACAUCCUAUUAGAUAACACAUUAUCAGAAGAUUCCAUAAGAGGACGCUGGUAUCUGCAUCUGAAAAAUUUACGACAUGAUGACAGUGGGAAUUAUACUUGUGUUCUUAGUAACGAUUUGGGAUCGGUACACAAGUCUUUCAUACUGGAGGUUGUAGACCGGAACAGCAACAAGCCUAAACUUGUAGGAGAUCACCCGAAGAAUACGACAGUAAAUUGGGGCGAAACGGCGACGUUUCAGUGUCACGUGGAGAGCAAGGUUCCUCCUCAUAUUAAAUGGCUCCGUCUACUUGAAGGUAGUGAACUUGCCUCCUUGAAGGAGCAGCCGAACGUCAUUCCACUCCAAGGAGAGUAUUUUAGGCUCCUGAACGCCUCUGUUAUAGUGAAACGUUCUGACAACUCCUUCUUUACCAAAUUCCGAAUCCAUGAAGCACGAGAAUCUGACAGUGGGAAGUAUUUCUGUCUUGGGACUAACGCCAUGGGGUUCACCUUCCGGUCAGCUUAUCUUACGGUCAGGCCACAAGUAUCACCAGACAGUCGGUUCUUGUAUCCUCACCAAUCUUCUGGCCCACACAGUUAUCCGUCUCUGUCCCUACCUUUUCCAAUAAUUAUUGCUGUAGCCAUAGUGGCGUGUGUCGUAUUAGUUGUUGUGAUAGUGUUGGCGUUCAACUGUCGAAAACAAAGGACACCUCAAACACCAGAGGACACCACCGUAAAGAGUCCUUGCACCAAUAGUAGUUUAGUCUCACAAACCAGCGUUUCUAAGGUUCGGGUUGGUAGACCUACGUCUAGUACUCGGUCAACAACAAGAAUUUAUUGUCCAGCCAAUCACGGGCCAAUACCUCGCUUCUCACAGCCAGUGCAUUUAUAAUUUUUUAUUUUAUUUACUUAUGUGUAAUUCACUCAUUUAAAAUGCUAAAAUAAGACUUAAAACUAUUUGACCACAAAACUAAAAUCUACAACACAGCAAAAGCCAUGAUGAUUGAAAUGAUGCGUGAGUUAUUUGCUGUUGUUUUUUUUGCGUAUUAAUUGCUUGGUCUUUUACUUUUGAACAGGUAUUAGCACAAGCGUAAUUAACCUAGGCCUAUAAAGGCUAUAUCAAUAGCUCUGUCUGUUGGUGUUAGUACAGGCCUAAUUAGAGUAGGCCUAUUUUAUGUUUUGUACAGUAUCAUAGAAAUAUUUGUAUAGAAACUAUAUCAGCAAGGCAUGAUGUAAAAUAAAAUAAAAAAUAUGUUUUAAUGUUAUUUAUAAGACUUAAACUAGCUAUGUAUAAUAUAGUAUUGGUAUUUGAAGUGUUCGCUGAACUGUUAAAUGUUGUUUGUUACUAAUAUACAAAUCCUUGUUAUAGAUAAAAGGGCAGAUUUACCCUAGCUAUCAUGUUUGAUAAAUAUGAUUGUUUUGUAUAGACACUACUCUGACGAACACAGACCGUUGGAAACAUUAAGCCUAACUUAGGCUGAAUACAGAAUCUAAUAAAUGUUUUAAAAUUUAUAUACUUAAUAAGAGAACAAAAACUCAUAAUUGAUGAUAUUAAAAUUCACGAUUAAUUGAAUUUGUUCUGUCGUAAGUUCAGUAGAAAGCCAGAUAUCCACCAUAUUGUUUAAAAAAAUAUAGUCUCAUAACCCAAAUAAUUAGGGAAUUUAUUUACACAAACUGAAUCUUUCUUAAAUACUCGGAGAGUCGAUAAUUUUCUUAGACGUUAAACGUCUAAAAAUCUUUAAAAUGAAUAUUUUCUUACUGUGAACUAGUCACAAUUUUUCAAUUUGAUAAGUUUAACCGUCCUUAACAAAUCGUAUCGAAAUACAGCAAAAUUAACAGUCCAUAAUUUCUCGAAGCAAGAGCCGAAGAAGGAUCAGACUUGAUCAGCUUGCUGAUCGUUAAGCUUUAGCUAUUAAAUAUAAGGUUAAUAAAGAGUUUUACUUUAAAGUUAUAAUUAUACAUAAUACAAUACCAUAUUUCAAUUAAACGGAGAUGAAAAUAUUAGUAAAAUAAUAUAGUACAGGUGUUUUGUUUGUAAUUGAUAACGUACAAAUGUCAUUUUGAUAACAUAUUUCUGUGGUUAUAAAUGACUUAGUUAUCAAAGUUAUGCUCUGACUUAAAUAUUAAUACUAAUUUUUAAGUUUAAAAAAAUGUGCACUUACAAACAGAUUAUUAAUUUUAAUCACUUAUUAA